AUGGCUGAUUUUCUCCAAAAUGCCAUCCAAUCAAUGUCUCUUGAGGAUGAAGAGCCGCUUACGCUUCCCGACAGUCCUCGGUUCCGAGUGAUUGAUGAGAAUGAAACGAGCCUGUUAGGUCGUUUGUUGAAUCCUGACUGUCAAUCAAUGGCUAGGAUGAUUGACUACAUGCCUACUGCUUGGCGUGUUGUUGGCAGAGUUCGUGGAAUAGCGUUGUCCAGGGACCGGUUCCAGUUUGUUUUUCAGCGUGAAGAGGAUUUACAAACCGUCUUGAAAGAUAGACCGUGGUCUUACAAUCACUGGGCCAUGACGCAUGAACGGUGGACGUUGAACCCCCCCCCAAUGAUUUUCUUCAGUCCAUGA